AUGUCAAAAAAGCAGAUUUUCUAUUCCGACAAGUACAACGAUGAAGAAUUCGAGUACAGACAUGUUGUGCUCCCGAAGCAGCUGUCUAAACUGGUGCCUUCGUCCCAUCUGAUGACAGAAGAGGAGUGGAGGGGACUGGGGGUCCAACAGAGCCAGGGCUGGAUUCACUACAUGAUUCACAAACCAGAGCCACACAUACUGCUUUUCAGAAGACCACUUCCAAAGGAAUAA